AUUACGGUGCUUCUAUUAAGUCGCCAGAACGAUAUUGUCUAACCUCCUACGUAUUGUAAUUCGUCAUUGUGUUUUAAGUUGAGCAUCCGAUCGCAAGAGCAGCAUCUUAUAGAGGUCACUUCCUAAAAGGGGUAUAAAUGGAUGGACUCAACGACUACCGAACGGCACGGGUUGCCGAACUCCUCGACGAGUUUCGAACUAUCCAACAUUACAUCGCCAACGUUCCGGUCGACCCCCCUUAUGCAACCGACUAUCACACCGAAGGCUGGGCUGCUUUACGCCAGUGCGCUCUAGAUGGUCAACACAUCCUUAACUGUGCAGCGGACGUAACAGUGCCCCGAGCUAGAGGCGGCGAGUUAGAGCAAAGAAAGGCAGAGUUGAAGCAAAUCCUUUUAGAUGCCUACUCCCGCAGACACGAAGCCCAGAAGAUCUACCUCCGCCAGGCAGCGGCACAAAGAUGGAUUGACUACAGGGAGGGAGUCCUCCAGGGUCAGCGUCCGACCUCUGCGAAUCGACAGCAACUAAGAGCCUGUGACGAACAACUACGACUUGAACUCUCGCAGGUCACGGACGAAAUCGUUUAUCAACAGCUUCAGAGUGGCGACAUAAGCAUGGGCCAUUGGACGGGCGAAGACCCAAGUCUAUCCGCGGUUCGGCGAUGGGUGCGGGCACGCCCACAAACAACUUAACCACCACGCCGAGGCAAAGUAUGCGAGCACACGGCGUACCAUACUACUUGAAUGUUAGCGGUUCGCUGUUAGCUUAGACUCUGAUGCGGGACUACGAUAUAGGGUGUACAAUGG